AUGCAGUCCCCAGCUACCAGUGCUGGGGGCCUCAGUGGCCUCCUCUUUGGGGCCUACACACUCCCCACCUUCAAGUUCCAGCCUCGCUGUGAGAGCAUAGACUGGAGGCGCAUUAAUGCCCUGGACGUGGACCGUGUGGCCCGGGAGGUGGACGUGGCCGCUCUGCAGGAGAACAUUGAUGGCGUCACCUUCUGCAACUUGGAGCAGGAAGCCUGCAGCUGCUGUGGGCAGCCUGUGGACCCAGUGCUCCUCAAGGUGCUGCGUCUGGCUCAGCUUAGCAUUGAGUACCUACUGCACUGCCAGGAGUGCCUGAGUGCCAGCAUCGUCCAGCUGGAGGCACGGCUGCAGGCCAGCCUGCUCCAGCAGCAGCAAAGCCAGGUGGAGCUGGGCCGCCAGACUGACAAGCUCAAGGUUGUGAGGAAGGAGAGCCACCAGCGUCACAAGAUGAUCAGCACCCUGCAGCAGCUGCUAGUUCAGACAGACGCCCACAGCUACCACCCGUGCCACCUGUGUGACAAGACCUUCACGAGUGCCACCUUUCUCCAGGGCCACAUCCAGCGCAGGCAUGCAGGCGUGGCAGAAGGGGGAAAACAGAAGAAGCAGGGACAGCCAGUGGAAGAAGUGCUGCAGGAGCUUCAGGCCAAGCUAAAGUGGACCCAAGGGGAGCUGGAAGCUCAAAGGGAGGUUGAGAGGCAGAGACAGCUCCAGGAAGCAGAAAUCAGUCAUCAGAGGGAAAUAGAAGCUAGGAAAGAAUUGGAAGUGUGGAAAGAAAAAGAGUGGACCAAGCUUUAUGAAGAAAUAGAUAAGCAAAAAAAAUUACUGGGCGAUGAAUGUAGAAGUAUCACCAACAAAUAUUCUAUUCUAGAAGAGAAACUGCAGGCUCUGCAGUCCCGCAGUGUAACGGAGUCCAACCUCGGAUCACUGCGGGAUGAGGAGUCUGAGGAGAGACUCAGGCAGACACAGGAGCUCCAAGCCCUGAGACAGAAGAUGGAAAUUCAGAAAAUGCAGUGCAAGAGGAAAGUGAAGAACCUGCAGGAAGAGCAUGUGGCUGAGAUGAGGGAACCGCAGGAGGAGAACAAGAGAGUCCAGGCCUCCCUGUCUCAGGAUGAGAGGAAGGCAGCUGACCAGGCCUGGCGCCAGAUCAGCGCCCUCCACACCCAGCAGCAGGAACAAACUGGGCUCAUCGCCUCCCAGGAGGAGAGGAUCCAGACCUUGGCCCUCAGGAAGGUGGAGGGGAUCCAUGAGGCACCGAAGGCUGCGGACACAGAGGAGGACUCUCCUGAGGAAGAGCUGGAGGACUCCCGAGAUAAGCAGUGGGAGGUGCUGGCCAGUCUGAGGCGAAAUCCCGCCCUGCUGAAGCAGUUCAGGCCAGUCCUGGAGGACACCCUGGAAGAGAAACUGGAAAGCAUGGGGAUAAAGAAGGAUGCAAAAGGAAUCUCGAUUCAGACUCGCAGACACCUGAAGUCCCUGCUGAGAAUCCAGCGGGAGCAGAAGGCUCGGAGGUUUUCCCAAUUUCUGAGCCUGAGGGAAAAGUUCAUUGAGGAAGCCACCAAGAGAGUGAAGGAGAGACAGGAGAUUGGGGCCGUGGUGUCCCAGCCAGCCAGCCAGCCCCCAGUCAAAAGCCAGCGGAGCACCCUGGUCACCAAAGAGGUCAAGGCAAAAGCCAGAACCGUGCAUGUGGCAUCGCCAUUCAAGCCAAAGGCCAGGACUCUGCACCUGGCGUUGCUAUCCAAGCCACCCACACCAACUCUUCAGAGCCACAGGAACCACGGCACUGGCCUGCCCCUCGUGUCCACCCCUACUCCACACCCCAGAGCGCAUGGACCCUCCAAGACCCCUGCUUCCCUGGGACCUGGGCUGAGCACACCCCCGUUCAGUUCUGAAGAGGACUCAGAGGGAGACCCUGUGCAGCGUGUGUCCCUGCAGCCCCCGCAAGCUUUUUCUAGGUUGGUGCCCCGGCCGGAGGAUGACUGGGACUGGUCUGACACCAAGACCUCGGAGGAGGACUCCCAGUCCCCUGGCAAGGACUCGGCUGGGCUGGCUUCCUCAGAAACACUGGUGCAGUCGAUGGUCAGAAACCUUAAAAAGCAGCUUGAAGCCCCGGUAAAGAAGCCCGCUGGAGGGGUCAGCCUGUCCUUAAUGCCCAAUGCCGGGCCACAGAGGGCUGCCACGCCGGGAAGGAUGCCACAGCUUUCUGAAGAUGAGAGCGACUUGGGGAUCUUCUCCUUCGAGGAUAUUCCCCAGGACCUGGACCAGAGAGAGAAACCAAAGCCCUUGUCUCGCUCAAAGCUCCCAGAGAAGGGCAGCAGUCCCUGGAGCUCCAGCUGA